UUUUUUCUGUCUUUUCAACUCUUUCCUACUCUUUUAUCUCUCUCCCUCGAAAUUAAAUCUCGACCGCGAAACCAGCUUUUCGUUUCAGUUUGUUGCCGCUCAGCACGUUGCCUUUUUAUCAAUUUCGUUUUCUUCUACCUUUUCCUUUUUCCCAAACACAAACACAAACACAAAAACCCUAAUCCUAUCAAAUCGCGCGCUAUACUCUUGUUUGGAUCUCUGGCUUUAGAACCAAAAAGCUUUCGUUCUCUCCGCAAAUCUCAGAUCUGUAAGAUUCAAAUUUCAUUCCAAGGCCCUUUGUUUUUCUCGAUUUGAUUUCUGCUUGCAGAUUUGGAUUUAUUCAAAGCUUUGAAGGAUAUCUAGCGUGGAGGUUACGAAAUAUAUAUAUUUUUUCUGUUAUAUAGAGGACCAACGUUGAAAUUCAAGUUCAAAUUCAAAUUCAAAUAUAUUUUGCUUUGAGUUCACAGUUCAUAAUUAAGAGGGAUUUUGGCUUCUCGUGCUGUUUGUUUUUGAAUGCUCUCUCUCUGUUUUGCUGUUUGGGAGGAAUUGAAUUUUGUGGCUGAAUGGGAGAGGAAGGAGCACUGUGUUUGGAUGUACUGACAAUUGGAGUCAGUGAAAACGAGAACACGACGAAUGAGUUGAAGCGCGAUCAUCAGUAUCUUCUAGAGGACGAGGCGGAACCGUUGUUUCCAAACAAGAAGCAAGCGAAGGAGGUUUCGAACGAAGACAUUCGGUCAGAAGUUUCGAACCCCAACACUUGUUCGCCGAAGCAGAACGGGUCUAGUAGUGUUCAGGAAUUCACUAGCCAAUCACCUGGACUUGGGAAUGGGAAUGGGAGUAACAACCAGGUGGAGUGCGGUGAAGUCACCUCCACAUGUUUGGGAAGUAACUCGAGUUCGAGUUCAGACGAGGCAUUGAGCCACCACGACGACAAUGACACUUCUCACGAUGCUGAAGCCUCCGCCUCUGCCUCCGGUGCUGUUGAGACGUCCCGGGUUGUGAUGGAAAUUCCCAAGGACGUACGGUCAACUGGAAUAAGAAAAAUUACGUUUAAGUUUAGUAAAAGAAGAGAGGACUAUGAUAACCAGUCGUAUGCUUCGGUGGUGUCUCAGCCUGAGACUAAUGGGGUUGCUAUUGGCAUGUCAUAUGGAGUCCAUUUUGAACAAGAUUAUUCGACGGAGAUGAUUGAUUCUGGUAGGGUCAUGGUAGAAAGCACGUAUGGGAAGGAGUACCUCGGACCAAGAAAAUCGGGUUUUGGUAGUUCUAAUAAUGAGUUCAAUGUGUCUGAGAAGGUUGUUCCUACGAAUGUCAAGAAGCUGUUAGCUACUGGUAUUCUUGAUGGGGCUCGAGUGAAGUAUGUUUCUACGUCAGGGAAGAUAGAGCUUCAGGGAAUCAUAAAUGGUGGUGGAUAUUUGUGUUCUUGUUCAUCUUGUGAUUUUUCGAGAGUUUUAAGUGCGUAUGAGUUUGAGCAGCAUGCUGGUGUCAAGACCAGACAUCCAAAUAAUCACAUAUACUUGGAGAAUGGGAGGCCAAUUUAUAGUAUUAUACAAGAACUGAAGACUGCACCACUCAGCAUACUUGAUCAAGUGAUAAUGGAUUCGGCCGGAUCAUCUGUCAAUGAGGAGUUCUUCCAGCUUUGGAAAGAAAGUCUUCAACAGAGUGAUGGAAAGGUUGAAUCCAAUCGAAAUUAUAACCGCAAGCUUCCUCCGUUGCUUCAUUCACAUAUGAGCUACUCCAGUCCAGCUUUUGAAGAAAGUGUUAGCCCUGCUUCAUGUUCCUUUGUGCAGAACAACCAUUUUGAAAGGAAAAUGUAUAUGAAAGAGGCCUAUGAAGAGCAGAAAUAUGCAAUGAAAAAACCGAACUCCUAUGUUUCUAGCUCAAUUACACAACAGAAGAAAACUACUGAUGGUGGCACUAGGAAAAGGGAUAAUGAUCUACACCGGUUGCUUUUCAUGCCAAAUGGACUUCCAGAUGGUGCUGAAUUGGCUUACUAUGUCAAAGGACAGAAAAUAUUAGGCGGCUACAAGCAGGGGAAUGGUAUUGUCUGUGGAUGCUGUGACAGAGAGAUUAGCCCUUCACAGUUUGAAGCACAUGCUGGAAUGGCUGCCAGGCGUCAACCGUACCGCCACAUCUAUAUCUCUAAUGGUUUGACACUCCAUGAUAUAGCUAUUUCAUUGGCAAGUGGACAAAACCUUACCACAGGUGGCAGUGAUGAUAUGUGUGCAGUGUGUGGAGAUGGGGGGGAUUUGAUUGCCUGUGAUAGAUGCCCACGGUCUUUUCAUGCAGAUGCUUGUUUGGAUUUAGAGUGUGUUCCUGAAGGUGAUUGGCAUUGUCCAAAUUGUAUAGAAAAACCUGGCCCUGGCAGAAAAUCUGCUGCUGGAGAAUCCUCAAGUCUUGUGAGACCAAUUGUUAUACGGUUGACACGAGUUGUCAAAGCACCUGAAUCUGAAUAUGGUGGUUGUGUUGUUUGCAGGGCUCAUGAUUUCAGCGUCGCUAAAUUCGAUGAGCGAACAGUUAUGCUCUGUGACCAAUGUGAGAGGGAGUUCCAUGUCGGAUGUUUGCGAGACAGUGGGCUAUGCAAUUUAGAAGAACUCCCCAAGGAUAAGUGGUUCUGCUGUGAUGACUGUGAUAAGAUCCAUGUGGCUCUACAGAAUUCAGUUUCCCAUGGAACAGAGACAGUUCCUGCUUCAUUGUUUAACAUAAUAAACAACAAGCAUGUAGAGAAAGGAUUAUUUAUUGAUGGGGAUGCAAAUGAUGUUCAGUGGCAAAUUAUGAGUGGAAAAAGUCGCUAUCCAGAGCAUCUACCCUUGCUUUCAACAGCUACUUCUAUUUUUCGAGAGUGUUUUGACCCUAUUAUUGCAAAAUCGGGUCGUGAUCUAAUUCCUGUUAUGGUCUACGGGAGAAAUAUAUCUGGGCAAGAGUUUGGAGGAAUGUAUUGUGUUGUUUUAAUUGUGAAGUCCGUUGUUGUAUCAGCUGGUCUUCUCCGAAUUUUUGGCAGAGAGGUCGCUGAGCUUCCUCUAGUGGCUACCAGUAGAGAACAUCAAGGAAAAGGUUAUUUCCAAGCAUUGUUUUCAUGUAUAGAGAGGUUGCUGGUUUCCAUGGAUGUGCAAAACCUGGUGCUCCCUGCUGCUGAGGAUGCUGAGUCAAUUUGGACAAAGAAAUUAGGCUUCAGAAAGAUGAGUGAAGAGAGAUUGUCGAAGUAUAUGAGGGAGGUCCAGCUGACAAUUUUCAAGGGAACAGCAAUGCUAGAGAAGGCUGUGCAGCAAAGAAUGGAGUGAUAGCUUCUCCAAGUCCAAAAUGACUCCGUCAAUGAAGAUGGGAAGACUUAUUCAUUAAUUUUUGUAUAAGUGAUUCUAUUUUCAUGUAUUGGUGCUGCUAUUUUGUUUUUGGCCAGCAGCCAGCUACAUUGUUUUUUUUCUUGUACAAACUAGGAAUGAGAACUGAGUAGAGUGGAGUAGAGUGGGGGAGAAGGGAGUGUUAAAUAAAUGAAAAAAAAAAUAAAAAGAAAAAAGAGAAGAAAGAAAGAAGGGAAGAGGUGGAAGUAGAACAAGAAAAACAGUGCAUGCUAACCUUUUAUUGCGCAUGCAUGCGGUAAAUUUUAUUUUUGUAUUAUUGAAACUUUGCUUUUUUUAUUUUUAUUUUUCCCUCUAGUUCCAUAUAUGUACAAAAAUGUCUAUCAAAAACUCAGUUACCCUUUGUUCAGGAAGAAAGUUGAUUUAGUUGGCU